AUGCAAAAAGAAAGACACAUAAUCCGUCACCGCGAAAAGGACGAAGAGGCCGGUGCUGAAGGUUUCGGCAUCCUCAAUACACGGAAACGAAUGUGGAAGGAUGCAGAUGGCAAGGUCGUAACCAAGAAACCCACUCUUGUGGGCAACCGUCAGCGAUCGCACUCUCUACCACAAGAGGAUCACAAUGAUCCGCCGCAGCAGUUGCCAGAUUUUGCCAACUUGUCGAGCUUUGGAAACAGUGCUCCAAUAUCGCCGCCCACCUCGAAUAACGCCUCUUUAUCGCAGUCCUGGAGCGAUCAUGACACUGGAAUAACAGCGGGUUAUCCUGCCACUACCCUGGACCCCACUGCUCUCCUUGCGCCAGAGACAUAUUCGUCCACAGAUCACGGCUUUUGGUCGACCGAUCUGACACGACCUCAACAACCUACUUUACCUGAUCCUUUUGCCACGACCACAAUCGCAGAUACGCCUUUUGACGACAUAUUUCACCCUGACACGGCGAGCUCUUUCAACAACCCUUUUACGACAAUGAGCAACUACAGUUGGCUCUUUGAUAUGGACUUGAAAGUCCACAAAUCUUCCCUUGGAAAGGCUAUCUCAAGGACAUUGCUGAUCAUUUGUCAGGCCCGUUCAGAGUCUAUCCAUCAGCCUGUAAUACCCAAUUCACUUGAUGCCUAUUCAUUCAACAAUAACGCGGUCCCUCAACUAGAUCAUGCGUCCGGGCUUCUACUUGAUCAUGUGGAUACUGAUAGCUCGAUGUCGACAGUGGGAAAGCUUGGCUCAUCAAUGCGAAGAAACUCUCCACAGCAGCACUCUCGAACUAAUACAUUAGUCACGCCCCCUUUGAGUGAUGGAAACUUGAAUUCGACUGAAUCGAUUUCGACAACCCCACAUGUUACAACCGAAUGUGUACAGACACCUCAAAUCGCACCGGCAAAGAUAGUGGAAGCCAGCCUUAGCGUCGAUACUCCAUUCAACAUUGAGCGACCCAUGUCCUUGCUCCAGCCUUCGAGAAGCCUACCUAUCAUUGACGAGCUCGCGAGACAACAACUACUAGAUUUAGUUGAUAUUAUACAGCCGGCCGCACCGGAUGGCAGCAUAAUCAUGCGGGAUGAACCUUUGCUAUCUCUCACAUGUAUGCAGACAUACUGCGACCUAUUCUUCACUCGUUUCAACUCUGUCUACCCUCUCAUUCAUAUGUCUACCUUUGAUCCAUCAGAAGUCGACACAUUACUUCUAAUAUCAGUGCUGCUUCUCGGCGCCACAUAUGGCGAGAAGGAUGCGCAUCAGCUUGCAGUCUGCAUACACGAUGUACUUCGACCUCAGAUCUUUGCGAACGCCGGAUUCUCGGCACAACCGGAGCUUUGGGUACUGCAGACCAUAUUACUUGUUGAAUGCUUUGGGAAAAGCCGAGCUGGACAGAAACAACAUGACAUGUCACACCUCUUUCACGGCCUGCUGAUUAACUUGAUUCGGCGGAGCGAUUGCCAAAGCAUUCGAACGCCCACCCUAGAGGAAGCUACAGAUUAUCUUGACGAAGACUGGCACAUGUGGUGCGAUGCGGAGCAGAAGAAACGACUGGCAUUCCUGUGCUUCAUGUGGGACACCCAACACGCAGUCCUCUUCUGCCAAUCAUUAUGCAUGUCCGCAUUUGAGCUGCGCUCACACUUACCCUGCGAUCAAGCGCUUUGGGAAGCAGAAUCAGCAGAAUCAUGGCAUCAACUACGCGAAAAGCAACCUACGCCGCCCCUCUUCCUCUCCUGUCUGAAAAUGUAUCUCCACCCAAACACGACUUCAGUACCCAAGCAUCUAAACUUCUUCUCACGAUCACUGCUACUCCACGGUCUCAUGUCCAUUGCAUGGGAUAUGCAGCGCCGUGACCAGACCUCUCUCGGCGUCCUAACCACUCACCCCCUCACAGAAUGGCAUGUCCUUCUCGCCCGCGCCUACAAAGCCUGGCACACAGAUUACACCAACUUCGUCUCCACCCAUCUCUCCCAGCUUUCCCAACAAUCCCAUAUCCCCCAACAAAAUCCCAAACCCACACCCACGCCCCCCAACCUGACCACAGAGUCCAAGACCUCCAUCUCCGCAACCCUAGCCCUCUACCACGCCGCACACAUUCUCCUCCACACCCCCUUCCUCGACCUACAAAUCUACGCCGGUAGUCGGCACAUCCUAGGCCGCCCCGUGGCGCGCAACGAUUACGCCAGGGCGCAGCGUGUAGUGAGGGAGUGGGUUAGGCGGGACAAAGACGUAGUAAGAAGUACAAUUUGGCAUGCUGCAGCGCUUGUACGGGAGGGGCUGGGUGUGUUGGGAUGGGAAGGUAGUGAGAAGGAAAGGCAGAAGAGCGACGAUAUUGGCAAUGGAGCACGGUAUUGGCAUCUCCCUUGGACAUUGUAUCUAGGUACCUUGGUGGUGUGGGGUGAACCAUCACACGACCCAACUCAUCCUCUCUCCCCCUCCUCCUCUGAUGAAAUCAUCUGGGAUCCCAUCCUCACAACACAAAACCUGCUCACUACGAUCCUCGCCGUCGACCUGCAGACCCACGUCCCCAACAGUGCACUUGACAGCACCGCAGUAUUGGACAAAAAAGGGAUUAACAGCCUAGCUGCAGUGGUGAGUCGGUGUCUGGGCCAGAUUAGAUGGGCGGUGGUGCAUGAUGGGAUGGUUGUGCUAAGGGGGUUGGUGGAGUGGAGGGUUGUGGGUGGAGGGAUGUGCUUGGGUGGGUGA